GCUUCGGUAGAAAUGAUAAAGAUAGUGCUACAAUACGCGCAAAUAAUCCAAUUCCAUCACAGUCUGGAAUAUUUUAUUUUGAAGCAUCUAUUAUAAAUAAGGGAAAGAAUGGGUAUAUGUUAUAA